AUGUCAAAACACCUGUGGAAUGAGGCUCUUGAACGAGUCCGGUUUACAAAUACUUCAGCACUCGUCGCCGCGGGCUUAGAAAGGCGACAAAUUUUGGUAGAAAUUUUGUAUUUAGUGCAAAAGCAGGAAUUCAAGGAAGAAAAUGGAAGUGGGAAAGGAAAAAUGUUCAAGUCUGUUGGGGAUAUAUUUGUGCAAUAUGAUCCAGUCCACGCGAGUUUACCAUGGGCUGUUGUCAGGUUUCUAUUGCAGGCUGUUGUCAGCGACACCAACUCGAAUGCUGCUAUCCUUGAAGGCGUGGAGAUUGGCAGAAACAUGGAUGGUCUCACGCAAUCUAUGGAUGUAUGCCAGACAUCAAAACAGAGCCUUGAGAACGGGAUUUCAUCAACGAAGCUGCUGGGAAAUGACUUAGGACAACGUCUUGGAGAACUGCACAAGCUCACACAGACCAUUCAACAAGACAUGUCGUCUGCAGAACUCAGAUUGAACAAAAUCGAACACCAUUUGGUCAAAGCCUUGAACGAUCUCAAGGAUCCAGUGCAGCGCAUUGCUGAAGAUCUAUCUAGUGUACAAGAUAAUCUCAAGGAACAGAAGCAAGUGAAAGUUUUUAAAUGGCUUACAAUGAUACCAGGCUCUAGCCAUCACCGGGACAAAUUGCGCACUUAUUAUCUGUGGGAGAGCAUGCUUGUAUGCCAUGUUAUCGAAUAUCUUAGAAAUCGAGCCCAACAGCAUCCCAGCUCUGCACCCAUUGCAUACUUCUAUUGUGCUCGAACCAUCAAUGAGCCUGAAAGGACUGAUCCAACACAAAUACUGAGAAAUGUAUUAGAGCAGUUGUGCUCAUUCGAUGCGGAGACCCCAACAAGGGAACCUGUGUCGAAAAAACACCUUGCUCGGAGGAAGGAAGCCCGAGGACGAACGCCGGAGAAACUCAGUCUCGAAGAAACGGUUAAUAUUAUUCUGGAAUUGUUAGAAUCCAACCCUGCAACCAUAGUCCUUGAUGGACUUGACGAAUGCGGUCCUGUUAAGAGAAACAAUCUGCUUCUCGGCAUGCAAACGAUUAUCACGAAUUCGAACAAUAUUAUCAAAGUUUUGUUAGUAGCAGAGAUGACCAUGACCUCGUUCACCAUCUAG